AUGGCACCAGGAGUGGAACCCCCCGAACUACCAGAGUUUAAUCCUCAAGCCAAGAACGACAGCUCAAAGACGAACAAAGAGAAAUCAGUGCAUGACGUCCACAAGGAAGAGCCUCAGUCUUCCUCGACAUCUGGCUCGGGCUCAGGCACCUUCCAGCAUAUUUCUAACCCCCCUGUGGCCGUCAGACCAGAUGAGUUCGAUUACUUGCACGCCGCUCCUGGCGCUUUCAAGUGCGCUUUAUGUCGACAGUGGCAUACGAAGAGAUGUCCGUGGUUGAUCAACUAUUAA